CGCUUUCAUACACACAAGUACAUAUCGAGUCCGGGAGUACAUAAAUAAAAUACCUUCAAGUUCACCGCAUUAGUGCUUUCUCUUUGUGAAGAAAACCUUCGUUGUGUAGUUUGAAAUCAGGAAAAAAGUGCAGCAAUAUCGAUCCGAGCUCCUCCCCGUCCGCACACAAUCGACUCGGCUCUAUCAUAUCCGCACCCAGCGCCGGCAAUCGACACCAUCAUAUUUACGACGAGCGAAGACGGCACGGUCGGGUGAGUGUCUGCGUGUGAACCGAAUCGUCUCAUCGGCUCGGCUGCAGCCUGCAGCGUAUCGAUAAACAAUAAAAAAAACACAAGUCAGUCGUCAACAUUACGUCCUCAAACCGGAAACUGUCCGACCUGGUGAUGGCUAAACGGGCCGCCGGUUUUCUCAUAUUCCGCCGGCUGCGGGAACGGAUCGAGUUCCUGAUGCUGCAGGCGUCCUACGGGCAGCACCACUGGUCUCCACCCAAGGGACACGUCGACCCCGGCGAGGACGACUUCAAGACGGCCCUCCGGGAGACGAUGGAGGAGUCCGGCUACCAGGAAAGUGAUCUCCGGGUUUUCAAAAACCAAACCCGCACCCUCGAAUACAAAGUCAAAGGACACGACAAGGCGGUCGUCUACUGGCUGGCCGAGCUGAUCGACCCGUCCAAGGAGGUCAAACUGUCCGACGAGCAUCAGGAUCUCAAGUGGCUCGAGCGGGACGACGCGAUACAGAUCGCCGGCUACGGGGACUUUGCCGACAUGGUUCGACAUUUUGACGGCAAGAUCAAGCAGGGCUACGAUCAGCUAUGAGUGGAGAACGGCUAGGACUACUACUAUCGGAUUACCUUCAACCCAUAAUACCCUCUAAUUAUUAUGAUAGCAGACGAAGAACGCUAAUAUUUUAAAAACGAGUUUUCCUUUCCACUUUUCGACCUAUUACACACGCCUACAAUUAUAUACCUAUACAUAUAAAAAGUACAUUACCUAAUGUUUAUAUAUAAAUGAAAGCAAGCGCCGCACCGCGCGCGGCAGGGGACUGUGUAUCGAUUUAAAGUUUUUAUCCAAUUAGCUUUUUAAAGUCGGCCACCAUUCUGGGUAUCGAACGAAGCGAUAAUAUGAGAAGAGAUAGUGAGGAUUGAAAUUAGGGAAGAAGCGACACAGGUCUUAACCUUGGAACCCCCAAUUGAAAAAAAUCUUGCUUUGCAAAAAUACUGAUAAUAUUAAUACACAAGUGACAAAAAAAAAAUCUAAGGCUCAGUGAACGAAAUAAAUGAAUGAAUUUAAA